GGGCAAUUUUAGGAGGCUUCUCUUGCUACUGUAUCAGGUCAGAUUCAGGAGGCAGAAAGGACAGUUGAGUCCCCACCACCUCCAUACAACUAUGGCUCUGGAGCUGCAGCCCCACCCUCAUAUGUGGAACAAGGAGACACAAUGGCUCCUCCUCCUUCAUAUGAUUCUCUUUAUGGUAGGGUCAAGUCAUUAAAACAGGAGUCUUCAGGAUUUGUGGACUUCUUCAAAAAAUUCAUUGUCAUUCUUUUAGGAACAAUUGGCUGCACCAUCUGUAUAGGUCUGAUUCUUGCUAUUCCUAUAUCAAUGAUAGCCAUGGGAUCAGUAUACUUGUACCAGUGCCCCAUACAAAGGUUCAUCCCUAUUUAUCUCAUAGUGGGAGGAGUGUUUGGUAUCAUUAAAAAUCUCAGCAGCUUUGGACAACGUGCACGCAAUCAAAAGGAGGACAAAACCGAUGAGAAUGCCAAGACAAACCCAUUUGAUGGCUUGCUUGGCUGUUUUCUUUGUGCCUGGUUCAUAGCAGGCAAUUAUUGGAUCUACAGUGUGCAUAGGACUUGGUCACCAAAUGAGAUGAUCCCUGGCCCUGUCAACACUACUGUGACACCAGUCCCCACAGCUGCCAUGGUUGCCAAUCCCAACUACUGUCAACCCACUCUGUAUCUGUACGCAUUCUGGCUCACCACGUCCUCGUACAUCCUGGUCGGGUGCAUCUGCUUCUUCAUGUGCUGCUGCGGCAUUAUUGCUGCUUGCUGUGGUGGCAAGGAUUAAUUUGUAUUGAAUAGGACUUGUCACGUAGACUUAUCAAGACAUUAUGGUGUGGGGUUGCUGUUGUCUAGAAUUAGAAUUGUUUUGGGCUGAAGUCCAUUUAUAUAUAUAUAUUUUUUCUCAUGAGAUCUGAAUAAUGUAAACAACAUAGAAGUCAGGGCUAAUAAUGAUGAAUUCUUAUAUGCAUAUUCAUUAAUGUCUCUCAGUCCAAUGAUGAGUGAACUUAUAAAGGUUGGAAGACUAAAAUUUUGUAUCAGUAAGGACUGAAUUCAGGAUUAACAAAACUAAUUAAACAUUUUUUAUCAAAAUUUUCGUUCUCCCUUCGAUAAGAUAUAUAAUGGAAAUAAGAAUUAUGAGGACUGCAUUGUAGAAAGGACCGUUGCAUAUUAUAUUUCUAUUUAUAAAGGUUUUUAGAAUCCCUAUUAAAAUAUUUUUGGGAUCCUAUUUUAGAGGGAUACAGCAUAUUAUUUUAUAGGAUUAGGUUAUUAUCCAUGUUAUGUAGGAGUAUUUGCAUGAAAUAUCUGGGAGUAUAUUUUAUACAGUUUAAGAAUAGAGCAGAAAUGUAUGAUAAAGCCUUUAUGAUUGCUGAUAUUUUCAGAGAUUCAGAAUUUUUCAUGAAUUGUGCUCCAGAAUUAAAAACAACAUGUUUCAUAGGUUCAAUAUAACCUAUGUGUAUGUGUUGGUAAGAAAUGAAAUAUUUUGUAUUGUGUAUUUGCUGAAUAUAUUUUGACUGAAUAUACACAUUUCUCAAAAGUGAUCAGUUUGUUGUGCAAGGCUAUUGUUUUGUAUAUCUUUUGAUUAUUUUAUUUAUCAAUUUAAUUUUAUUAUUUUGGUAGUGUUUUUUUUUUUCUGGUCAAUCAGUAAUUGAUUAUUUUUGGCCUUGAUUGAUCUCUUCUGUGUGAAAUCCAUUCAUCCUUAUCAGACAUGUUAUCAUCUUAGAAACUUAAAUAUAUUACAUUUAAACUGUAAAAAAAGAAUAAUAGAAAAAUAAGUCAAAGUUAAUGAUGCACUGCUCCAUUAGAUAAAGCACUUGCAGGUACAUGCCAAAGUAGCUUUUGCCAAAAUGUUUUUAAAAUGUCAGUUCUGAAAAAAGUUAUAUAUAUUGUGUGUAAUGGAAAUGUUUUGCAAUUGAAAUGUUAGGUGUGGAAGUUACAUAAAAUAUCAUUAAUCAUA